AUGCCGCCCAAGAAGAAGGGAAACAAAAAGAACCAGCAGGACGACUGGGAGGCUGAGCUGGGCGAGAGUAUUGCCCCGCCUGCCAAUGCCAACGGUGCCGAUGGUGACGCCAACGCCAACGAUGAUGAUGAUGAUGCUGGCGGUGCCGGUGGCCUGAUGGCCACACUGCGCAAGAACAAGGAGAAGCGCAAGAAGAAAGGCAUCGUCGAGCCUGAACCCGAACCCGAACCCGAAUCCGAGGCCCCAGCUGCCCAAGAGCCUCCCGCCCAGGCCCCCGUCGAGGCCAACAUCGACGAUGAGUUUGCUCUACCCGAGAAGAAGGGCAAGGGUGGCAAGCAGAACAAGCAAGCUGCUACGAAGCCCGAGCCUGCUGCUGCCGCUGACAAUGCCGCCGAUGGUGGUCGUAUUCUGACCAAGGCCGAGAAGGAAAAGCUCAAGAAGGAGCGUGAGAAGCAGCGAAAGAAGGAACAGGCCGCUGCGAAGAAGAAGGGUGGCGCUGCACCAAAGGCUACCCCUGAGGUGAAAGAGAAGGAGGAAGCUGCCCCUGUCGAGGCUGCUCCUGUCCCUGAGCCCGCUGCGGGAGGCAAGAAGAAGAAGCUCCCCGCACAUCUUGCUCUGCUCCAGAAGCAGCAGGAGGAACUCAAGCGCCAACGAGAAGAAGCUGCCAAAGCCGAAGCCGAAGCGAAGGCCCAGGCCGAAGAAGACGAGCGCCUAGCUGCUGAGGAAGAAAAGCGACGCGAGGAGGCCAAGGCCAUCAAGAAGCAGAAGGAGAGGGAGCGAAUCGAGCAACUCAAGAAGGAGGGAAAAUAUCUCACAAAGGCCCAAAAGGAAGAGAAGGCCCGAAAUGAGCGAAAGCUCCAGCAGAUGUUGGCUGCCGGUAUCCAAGUUGGACCUGCAGGCGAGCCCAGUGAGAAGAAGUCUAAGCCUGCGGACAACAGGAGAAAGAAGGGCCGCGCCCAACAAAAGAUCGAUGAGGAGAAGGCUCUUGCAGAAGCUGCUGAACGAGCUCGACAAGAAGCUGAGAAGGCCUUGAAAGAAGCUGAAGAGAAGGCUGCCCGUGAGAAGGCCGAGGCCGAGGCCAAGGCUGCUGCUGAAAAGAAGGUUGCCGAGAGUGAUGUGGAGGAUGACUGGGAGGCUGCUGCUGCUUCUGACGGCGAUGUCAAGGACAGCUGGGACGCCGAUUCUGACGAGGAGGCCGAAAAGGCCAACGGCACAUCGGAAGCGAAGGCUGAAGAAGAGUCUGGAGACGAAUCCGAGGAGGAGUCUUCCGAUGAUGAGGCUGCCACAGCUGCACAAUUGGCUGAGGAGAAGCGGAAGCGAGAGGCUGCUGAGCGUCGUGAAAAGGCUCAUCAGGCCGCCCUUGCUGCCCGAUCCAAGGAUAACCUGAGAUCGCCUAUUUGCUGUAUUCUGGGCCACGUCGAUACCGGAAAGACAAAGCUCCUGGACAAGGUCCGCCAAACCAACGUCCAAGAGGGUGAAGCUGGUGGUAUUACACAACAGAUCGGUGCCACUUACUUCCCCGUUGAAGCCAUCCGACAAAAGACGGCUGUUGUCAACCCUGACGGCAAGUUCGAGUUCAAGGUCCCCGGUCUUCUCAUCAUCGACACACCUGGUCACGAGUCCUUUUCUAACCUCCGAUCUCGUGGUUCUUCGCUCUGUAACAUUGCCAUUUUGGUCGUCGAUAUCAUGCACGGUCUCGAACCGCAAACACUCGAGUCUAUGCGCAUGCUGAGAGAGCGCAAGACUCCUUUCAUCGUCGCCCUCAACAAGAUCGAUCGUCUGUACGGCUGGAAGCAGGUUGCCAACAACGGUUUCCAGGACAGUCUGGCUCUCCAGAGUAAGGCUGUCCGUAAUGAAUUUGAGACACGUCUCGAAAAGACCAAGAUUGCCUUCGCUGAGCAGGGUUUCAACUCCGAGCUCUUCUACGAGAACAAGUCCAUGUCAAAGUACGUCUCGCUUGUGCCCACUUCGGCCCACACUGGCGAGGGUGUCCCUGACAUGUUGAAGCUCAUUGUCCAGCUCACUCAAGAGCGUAUGGUUGGCUCUCUCAUGUAUCUCUCCGAGGUCCAGGCCACUGUGCUCGAAGUCAAGGCUAUUGAGGGUUUCGGUAUGACCAUCGACGUCGUCCUUUCUAACGGUAUCUUGCGAGAAGGUGACCGCAUUGUGCUGUGCGGUACAGAAGGCGCUAUCAAGACGAAUAUCCGAGCACUGCUUACACCAGCGCCUAUGAAGGAAUUGCGUCUCAAGUCCGCCUAUGUCCACAAUAAGGAAGCCAAGGCUGCUCUAGGUGUCAAGAUCAGCGCCCCUGGUCUCGAGGGUGCCAUCGCUGGCUCACGCCUGAUGGUUGUAGGUCCCGAUGACGAUGAAGACGAUAUUGAGGAUGAGGUCGAGUCCGAUCUUGCCGUUCUCUUUAACCGUGUCGAGAAAACUGGUCGCGGUGUCAGUGUUCAAGCGUCGACCCUUGGAUCGCUUGAGGCUCUGCUCGAUUUCCUUAAGGACUGCAAGAUUCCUGUUGCGAACGUUGGUAUUGGUCCCGUUUACAAGCGUGAUGUCUUGCAGUGCGGUGUUAUGUUGGAGAAGGCACCGGAGUACGCCAUCAUGCUCUGUUUCGAUGUCAAGGUCGACAAGGAAGCACAGCAGUAUGCAGAGGACAAUGGCAUCAAGAUCUUUACAGCUGAUAUUAUCUAUCAUCUGUUUGAUGCCUUCACCAAGCAUAUGGAUGAGCAACUCGAGAAGAAGAAGGAAGAGUCCAAGAUGCUUGCUGUCUUCCCUUGUGUAUUGAAGCCCGUCAAGGUCUUCAACAAGAAUGACCCCAUUGUUAUUGGUGUUGACGUCACUGAGGGUCAGCUCCGGAUCAACUGUCCUGUCGCCGCUGUCAGGAAUAACCCUACAACCGGUGCCAAGGAGAUCGUCAAACUGGGCAGAGUGCAAUUUCAUAGUACAUCAAUCGAGCGAGAGCACAAGCAAAUCCCCGUGUGUAAGCGAAAGGAGCCUUCCGUCGCAAUCAAGAUCGAGAUGGGUGGAAACCAGCCCAUGUACGGCCGCCACCUGGAAGAAGACGAGACCCUUUACAGUUUGAUCUCUCGAGCCAGUAUCGACACCCUCAAGGAAUACUACAGAAAGGAGGUCAGCAACGAUGAGUGGCAGCUCAUCAUUAAGCUCAAGCCCUUAUUCGACAUUUCAUAA